GUCUGCCGCGUGCCCCUGCCGAGCUGCGGGGCGGCGGGCGCCGCCUCCCCCGCGCGCGCGCGGGCCGAGGAGGCGGAGGAGCCUCUUGAUUGGUGCAUCGCCGACAUGCCGGAGGGCCGCAUGGGUUGCCAGGCGGCCGUGGUGCGGCUGCCCUGCAG